AUGGGAAUGACUUGGGCAAGGAAACAAAAGGAGCGGCUUAAGUCCGCAAAGCGUUAUCUAAAGGGCGACUUUAAGGUAAACUUCAAAAUAACUUUAGUCUGUGUAUAUAAGAAAAAUCGCAAUAACACGACUUCACAAUUAACAAGCUGAAGCUGCGAUUGUGCCAGUCACAGAUACCAAAAAUGUCUUUGAGUACCCAAGAUUCUCUGGGGAACGAGCAGGAGAGGAUUUUGGUGAUGAUUCAAGCAGCAAUGUUUUUAUGUGCAUACUUUCACUUUAGCUUAAUGCGAUUUGCUGUUCCUACGCAGUUUCAAUUUAGGAGAAAUGUAAAAAUAGCCUAGUGAAAUAAAACGGUGCGCAGAUCCAGUUGAGGUGAUCGUUUGGUUAAAAAAAGUCGAGUUGCAUUUUUUCUUAAUGCUAAUACUUCAAUUGCGCCGAACCGGUUAAGGUGAUUCCCUAGUAUUAAAAAAAGAAGUGAACAUAACACGCAUGGAUUUUCCAUAAAACUUAGAUCACUGUUGUAAUAAGGUAAGAAUACGUCUUAAAAAGUGGAAGUUACCCUGCUUAUUUUAACUGCAACAUGCUGACAAAUAUGAAUAUCUAGGCAAAUGAACUGUGCGCAUAACAAAAGUCAACAAGUAAGCACGCUUCUUUUCAAUGAAGCUUGCGAUAGUGCACAGAAUUUUACUUUGUUCAACCUACGGCUAACAAAAAAUGCCGUUGGAAAGACCAGUAAGGGGCACUUUGUUCGUUUUUAAGGUAGAGCUGCGAAAGGGCUCAUCACCUGGAUUCCUUCCGUCUUUAAGCGAGGACUGGGGCGAGCUUCAAAAUGGCAAUAACCUGGAAGGCGGAUGAAAACCUUGGAAAAACUUUAAUGGAUUUCUUUUCUCUUGGAUCGAAUUCAUUGGUAUUGUAAGCUCUCUUUCACAGUGGUUGUCUUGUUAUGCCAAGUGAGAGAUGUCCAGCUGAGUGCAAAACCAGCGAGUCACCUUAACCAUAACAUUUGAUCUAGGGUAAGUAAUUUUGUUUAUUAAUGUCUUUACAGGUGCAUGUUUCUAAGCAAUCCAACAUUCCGGAUCAUUGCAGAGCUUAUGCACUGAGCGACCCUAGAGACAAGGAUUAUCAGAUCAUUUGCACACACGAUCAUCUAGAAACCUGUGAUCGAUGUUACCUACUUUCUUCAGUUCUUGCUGAAAUACAUGCAAUCGAAAAGAUGUCUGAUAGCAACGUCUCUAGUGACGUGGUAGAAGAGGUGAACUUCAUUGAAGGGCAAGCUAAGCAACACAUCUGGGCUUGGAAAGCUCACCUACUCCACUGUGUGAAUCAGGAUGAAGCCCGAAUAAAGGUGAUUGAUGCUGUCGAUGAAAAUUCCGUACUCUUGGUUCAGGACUGGGCCAUGAAGUUCUUGCCAAGAAAGUUUAGAGAAAGCCAAGGUGAUUGGUUUGCGAAGCGGGGUAUGCCUUGGCACAUUACUGAGCUACUCGACGAGUGGAAAACCAUGAAUUGGAGAUGAUAACAUUUGUGCAUGUUUACCAAACCUGCAACCAAGACGGCUGUGCGGUGCUUUCUGUUAUGAAGGAUGUUAUUGGAAAGCUAAAGUUGCAGCUGCCUCAUCUGAAAACUGUCUUCUACAGACAGGACAAUGCCGGCUGUUACCGCUGUGGGGCUACGAUAGUGGGGGCCAGCUUUACAGGCUGUGCUAGUAGGGUGACUGUGAAAUACUUGGACUUUUCAGACGCACAGGGUGGUCAGGGCUCAUGUGAUAGAAAGGCGGCUUCAAUUAAGUCGCACAUGAAAAUCCACCUUAAUCAAGGGUCUAACAUCGACACUGCCAAGGAAAUGGUAGACGCUAUCCAGUCAUCGGGAGGUGUUCCUGGAGUUGACGUUUCAUUAUGCAACUCAGCGCAAGACCCAGCACCGUCCUUGAAUGUAAAGAUUGCAGGAGUGAGUUUGAUUUCCAAUAUUGUAUUCAACAACGGAAGCCUGCCCGUCUGGAGAGCAUAUGAAAUAGGGCCUGGUAAGUGCAUACGUCUCAAGGACAUCGGUAUUCCACAGUUGGUGCAGAUUCCAAAUCUCGUGAAAUGUGAUGAGGGUACAGCCACAACAAUGCCGAAUGCACACUUUAUCAAAGUUAAAUCCAGGCGUCAACCUUGUUCAGAUAAUUCCCAGCAAUGCUCAGAUACCAAAGAAGAGACUGUGACUGAGACCUCACCCACUGUUCAUAUAUUUUCCUGUCCCGAGGAAGGAUGCAUGAAAGUUUAUCAAAGAUUUUCUUCUUUACAGCACCAUCUGGACCUCGGAAAACACGAAUGUGCUUUGGAACAUGAAACACUCCUUGACAGAGCAGCGCUUGGUUAUGCAGAGAGGCUACAGAGAAGCAGAGACUACUUAUCCAGUAAACUUCGUAUUGGUGAGUCAACCGGCCAGAAAGCAGAUGCAGCCUCGGUAUCCAAGUCAAUGAUAACUGCUGGAGACAGUAAUGGAAACCGCCUUUUUAGCAGUUCUGAAUUUCUGACGAGUCAGCAAGUUUCAAGUUUCUUUUCAAGACUGUCCUCAAAGCGCAAACUUGAAGAUGACGAAAUGAUGGAAAGCGACUUUGAAGAAAACCAGAACGUUGAAAAUGAGAAAGCCUUUGCCGAGUUGAGAAGUGAAGUUCUUCAAGAGGUUGCCCUUACUCAUCCAAUAUGCUAUGACAGGUAUAACAUCUGCAAACUAAUUGCAAAUUCAAAGCUAUCAAUCUUUGCGAUUCAAAUGCUUAAGUAUAUCUUUGAACACUUUGAUAUACCAAUAACCGACAUCAAAGUAAAGAGAAAAGCCCCUUACAUUGACAAACUGGUCGCCUUUGGAAAAAACUGCACUUGUCAUAAAUAA